CUCCCCGAGCGGCCCGCGCGAUCCUCUUUCUUCUUCCCGUGCUAGCCGAUCCCAUUCGACCCCUCUCCGGAGCCUCCCGCAGACGCGGACGAACGUGCGCACGGGAUGGCGAGCAUCUUCUGGGGCGGCGCCCAGGCCGACGAGGUGGCCGACUUCGACGAGCACGACCCCACCCCCUACGGCGGCGGCUACGACAUCACCCUCACCUUCGGCCGCGCCCUCCCGCCCUCCGACGAGAUCUGCUACCCCAUCUCCACCGCCUCCACCUCGUCGUCAUCGUACGACAGCCACGGCGCGGCCGAGCAGCACCGCAGGAGGCCGCAGGACCAGGACAGCCACGGCUCCGCGGGGCACGGGAGGAGGCCGGAGGAGUCACACGGCUCCGCUGCUGGUUACGGGCACGGGAGGAAGGCGCACGACGACGACGACGACGACGGUGGUGCGUACCGGAAGCCAAAGCCGUCCCACGGCGACGACGACGACCGGCCCAGCUACGGCCGCAAGAAGAAUGACGACGACGACGACGAUGAGAGGCGGUCGCGGUACAAGAAGCGCGACGACGACGACGAUGAUGAGAGGAAGCCACGGCACAAGAAGUGCGACGAUGACGACGACGACGACCAUGAGAGGAGGCCGCGCUACAAGAAACGUGAUGACGACGACGAUGACGACGAUGACAGAAAGCCGCGUUACAAGAAGCGCGAUGACGACGACGACGAUGAUGAUAGGAAGCCACGUUACAAGCACGAUGAUGAUGAGGACGACGACGAUGAUAGGAAGCAGCGUCGCGGGAACAACCGCCGCCGCCACGAUUACGAUGAUUGAUCAAGGCAUCAUGACAUGAGUUUAGCUGACGCUAAUAAGCAUAGUUGCGGCGGCUUUGCAUCGAUGAAUCUCCAUUUCCUAUUUUUUUUCAAGCAUUUUUCAUUUGGCUAUUCACCGGUCACCAUGCUCCAAUCGUAUGCUCGAGCUUCUCUUGGAAUAAAAUGUGCAGUUUGACCUGUUUGUGUUCUAAUAUGAUGAUUUUCCCCCAAGGGCCCUGAAAUGCAGAUAAACGGUGAUAAUUAUGCGACUGAAAAU